UUGCGUUCAAAUUAGUCCGAAUAUUUUUUUAAAACUGGAACGAAAAAAUAGAAAAAAAAAAAAAAAUUUAUGGAAUUAUAUAGGACUGGUGUAAUCUUACUAAUGAUAACAAGUUCAAUAGUAAAAGUUUGAUUUUUUUAAUUAUUCAGUAAUGACUUAUCAGUCAGAUUCGUAUAGAAAAAAUCCAGAAAAGAAAGAAAAGCAAUGUCGAAGUAGUUUUAAUCCAAAGCUUCUUAAUGCUGCAUGGCCAAAAGCUCCAACAAUGCCAACACGACAAUCGCAUAUAAAAACUGUUAAUCAUAAAGAAUUUGUAAAACCCUGUAAUCCAUGGCAACCUUCAAUUGAUACUGAAGAUAUGGAGGUUGACAUCGAUGAUGAAGAGAAAGAGAAACUUAACAUUCACCAACUAAAAGAAUGUCAUAUAAAGAAUACACCAGAUUCAAAAAAAAAUCCUGCAAUUAUAAAUAAACACUGUAAAGAUUCUACUAGACUUACAUUGCGUGCCAGACGAAACCUUAAUGAAGCUGAAGAAUCAGAUAUUCAAAAAGGAUUGUUUAAUGUUAAUGAAAAAAAAUGUGAAAAGUCAUCAGAAACAAAAGAUUCAACAGUACAGGAACCGUUAGUAACUUCUGCAGGAUCCACAUCUAAAAAUUCUAAAAAUAUUAAUCAAGCUCUCUUUAUUGUCAUCCACGUGAGUAGAAUAGAAAUUGGUCUCUUCAAAGGACCAGCUCUUUCUCCAGUAAAAGUUUAUGCUGAAAAAAUUAUGGUUCAAAUGGAUGAUGAAGCUUCAAAAAAAAAUGUAUCUUUUAGAAUUUCAUGUAAAGCUAUAAAAUCUUUAGAGGUUUCUUUAACAAACAAACCAUUCAUGAUAAAGUUGGUUUCACCAGUUCAAUAUUUAACAGGAAAAACAAAUGCAAGAAGAUCGAAAAGCAUUCCAGAAAAUGAAACUAUAAUCUUGUAUUUGGGAUAUAAAGAUAACGUUCCAGCUGAUAUAAAAGAUGACCUUAAAGAGCUAUUUUUAGUUCGACUUGCUGAACAAAACUUAUGGCCUAAAGAAGAAAAGUUAAUAAAACAAAACUUUUGGUCCAAAGAAGAAAAGAUAAUAGAAGGGAACAAAUCUUUAAGUUGUUCUGAUCAAGUGAACUCAGUUGAACCAGAACUAAAAAACGAAAUAACACCAACAAAAACAGUGAACUCACAUAUACCAACAGAAGCAGUGAGUUCACGUACUAUACCAACAGAAACAGAAAACUCACAACUUGUGUCACCAUUGCAGAAAUCUCAAAAAGAGUUGAGUUCAUUUAGAAAACGGGAUCUUAAAAACUCGUCUCAUGAAAGUUCUCACCAAAUCAAAAUUGCUCGAAGAUGCGAUUCUUAUACAGUUGACGCGAUGGAUGAGCGUAUCAAAACGUUGACCCACGAAGCUGCUCAUUAUCAAAUGUUAGCAGCUCAGCAACGUAUGGUUAUUCAGUCAAUUGAAACUGAUUUGAAAAAUCAACUUCAAUUAAAUGAUGAACUGACAAAAGAAAAGGGGGCUCUAGAAAAAUUAAAAAAUGGUUGUGAAUUAGAAAUAGCUACAUUAUUAAACGAUUUAAAAACAGAGCGAGAUCUUGUAAAAUUGCUAGAAGCACAGGUUGCUAGUUAUCAACAAGAUAUACUUUACAAAGAACGUGUUUUAGCUGAAAAAAAUGAAGCUUUGCAGAAUCGAGACGAAAUAAUAAUGGAGCUUAAAACUGCAAAUUCUAAACCAUCUAACUCAGCGGUAGACGAUAAACGAACUAUAGAAGAAACUAGACAGCAUUUAAUGCAAAUGCAAGUUUCAAAAGAAAAUCUUGCUGUUGAACUUGAUUUGACUAAAAUAGAAUUGCAACAUGCGAAAUCGAUGGCUGAUACAAAUAGAACCCAGCUUCGCAUUCACGAACAGGAGAAUACUAAGUUAAGAACAGAUAUAAAUAAGCUCUAUACAAACAUGGUCAGUUUGCAAGAAGAACUUGUCCGCAGCCGUGAACAAGAAAGGUCUUUAACACACGAACUUACAGAGUUGCGUACCUCGCAUGCACUUCAGACAGAACGCUUAAAUGAAGAAAUUAAUGCUGAAAAAGUGCUUCUUGCUGAAGUCCGUGCCGAACUUAAUGAAUGUCGAACAGAACUUUCAAAAACUCCAGAACUAGUUGAACAAUUCAAUAUAACUCACCAGAAGGAUUGGAUUAUAGAAAGAAAAGAAAUAUGUGUUACUGAGAAAAUUGCUGGUGUCGGUGCUUGGGGUAACGUCAAAGUAGGAAAGUUCCGUGGAACAGAGGUUGCAGUGAAGCAAAUACAUUUACUUAUAUUAUCUCCUCACAAUCGCCGACUUUUUGAACGUGAAAUGAGCAUAGCUUCCAGAUGUAGGCAUCCUUGUUUAGUACAAUUUAUUGGAGCAACAAAUGACGAUGGAACACCUUUGCUUGUGAUGGAGCUGUUGAAAAUAGACUUAAGAACACUUUUAGGGCGCCAAUUUUUAAGUGUCGAUGAUUCCUUACACAUUGGUUUUGAUAUAAUUCGAGCACUCGCUUAUUUGCAUCAGUUUAAACCGUUUCCAAUUAUACAUAGAGAUAUUAGCAGCUCCAACAUUUUAUUAUAUCGUAAUGAUAAGAAUUGGAAAGCCAAACUUUCGGAUUAUGGAGCAGCUAAUUUUGUAAGAUUAACAAUGACAAGGCAUCCUGGAGCUCUUCUUUAUUCUGCCCCAGAAGCUGGAAGUAUAGAUCAAACUUCAAAAUUGGAUGUUUAUAGUUUUGGUGUGUUGUUUUGUGAGAUGCUUAUAAGAGAGCUUCCUGUGCCUGAGAAUCGUCAAGAACAAGUGGCUAGCAUAAAAAAUUCUGAGCAUAGAAAACUAGUAAAUGAUUGUCUAUUGGAAGACGUUAAAAAACGAUUGGACAGUUUCCAAGUGUUGGACUGUUUUGAAAAAUGGAUAACUUAAAGAAUUAGGUUAUUCGUUGUUUUUGUUGAAAGCGCUACUCGGUUCAAAAUAGUUCAAACUUUCAAGAAAAAAGAGUCUUCUUGCAAUGUUUUAAAGUUUUUUUUCGAUUUUGUUUUCAAGAUCUCAAAAUUAUACCGAAGUUUUUAUGAAUAUGAAUGCGAUGAGUAUGGAGUCUAUUAUAGAUUUUGAAACAAAUAAAUAUACUUGAGAAAAAAAAAUUUAUGAAAUUCAACCUUAAAUUGACUUAAUUAUUUAUUUAUAUUUUAUGAUAUAGAUACAAUAUCUUAAUAUAAAUUCUUAUUUUUAAAAACUUUUUGUUGAGGUUAUUAAAGAUUCUGUAGGUACAAAAAGUUUUUUUUAAUGGUUUUGAAAAAGGUUUUUGACUUGAAAAAAAUUGGUACAAAAAUAUUUGUAAGUACAAACUGUUGACGCUAAAAUACUCGUUUCAUAUCAUACUAAUUACUAAUAAAUAAAGUAUUUUUAACUAA